ACUAACCUUCCUUGCUCACAAACUUUAUAUAAGAAAUUAAACUAUUCCUAGCCAAAAAAAAAAUUGAAAAAAAUGUUUAAAUUCCUCUUUCUCUUGGCUAUCCUAAUCUUGAGCAGCGAUGCCGCUGUUCAAGAUUUCUGCGUUGCAGACUUAAAAGCGCCCGAAUCACCUUCUGGUUAUUCUUGCAAAAGUGUUACAAAUGUAACAGUUGACGAUUUCGUGUUUUCUGGGCUUAGUGCUGCUGGAAACACAGCAAGCAUUAUUAAGGCGGCAGUCACCCCAGCAUUUGCGGCCCAAUUUCCAGGUCUUAAUGGUCUUGGGCUUUCUGCGGCCCGUUUGGAUUUGGCCCCAAGUGGUGUAAUCCCAUUUCACACUCACCCUGCUGCUUCUGAAAUUUUACUUGUUGUGCAAGGAUCAAUUACUGCUGGAUUUGUUUCAUCAGCAAAUUCUGUUUACUUAAAAACACUUAAAAAGGGUGAUUUAAUGGUUUUCCCACAAGGAUUAUUGCAUUUUCAAGUGAGUGAUGCUGGGUACACUUCUGUGGGUUAUGUAUUUUUUAGCAGCUCUAAUCCUGGAUUACAGAUUACUGAUUUUGCAUUAUUUGCUAAUGAUUUGCCAACUAAGUUGGUUGCGGCAACAACAUUCCUUGAUGAAGCAACAAUUAAGAAACUCAAGGGUGUGCUUGGAGGAACUAAUUAAGCAACAAUUGCAUUGUCUUAGCAGUUAAUCUUUUUUCUUUUUUUUUUAAAUUCUGUUUUUGAGUAUUUUCCUUGUCUUCUUCUUGUAAUUUGGGUCUGUUGAUUUUUUCCUGUAACUGUUGUGUUUUUCUCUAAAAGGUUGUUUUGUUUCUUUAUAGUUCUGUUUGUUUGGAAAUGAACAGAAUCUUUUUCCAAUUUA